UAAAAACAUACCUACUACUCUCUUACACUUUCAAUUUUCCAAUACAAAUCCCAAUCUUUAAUCUCUCUUUCUUCUUCAUCUCUCUUUCUCUUUCUCUCUUCAUGGCUACAAGGAUUCCAUUCACAGAAUCACAAUGGGAAGAACUUGAAAACCAAGCUCUUGUGUUCAAGUACUUAGCUGCAAAUAUGCCUGUUCCACCUCAUCUUCUCUUCCUCAUCAAAAGACCCUUUCUCUUCUCUUCUUCUUCUUCUUCAUCUUCUUCUUCAAGCUUCUUCUCUCCCACUCUUUCUCCACACUGUAAGCACACUUUAUCUUCUUUGCUUUGUGCUCUAUGAUGGUUAUCCUUAGGGUUUGGUGAUAAUGUAAACGAAUUUGACUCUUUUUUUUCAGUUGGGUGGAAUGUGUAUGAGAUGGGAAUGGGAAGAAAGAUAGAUGCAGAGCCAGGAAGAUGUAGAAGAACUGAUGGCAAGAAAUGGAGAUGCUCUAAAGAAGCUUACCCUGACUCUAAGUACUGUGAGAGACAUAUGCAUAGAGGCAAGAACCGUUCUUCCUCAAGAAAGCCUCCUCCUACUCAAUUCACUCCAAAUCUCUUUCUCGACUCUUCUUCCAGAAGAAGAAGAAGUGGAUACAUGGAUGAUUUCUUCUCCAUAGAACCUUCCGGGUCAAUCAAAAGCUGCUCUGGCUCAGCAAUGGAAGAUAAUGAUGAUGGCUCAUGUAGAGGCAUCAACAACGAGGAGAAGCAGCCGGAUCGACAUUGCUUCAUCCUUGGUACUGACUUGAGGACACGUGAGAGGCCAUUGAUGUUAGAGGAGAAGCUGAAACAAAGAGAUCAUGAUAAUGAAGAAGAGCAAGGAAGCAAGAGGUUUUAUAGGUUUCUUGAUGAAUGGCCUUCUUCUAAAUCUUCUGUUUCUACUUCACUCUUCAUUUGAUCAUCUUUUGUUCUUAUAACCUUGUAUUUCUUGUUAAGAUGGUAAUGCAAAUUCUCUCUUUUUUUGUCUAAUUUAAUUAGGAGUUUCUUUUUGUGAUCCA